AUGAGUGAAUUGAUGGUUGAUAAUAACGAUAAACCACAAUUCCGUCAUGAAAACAAUGUUUUCAGCGGCGUAAAAUUAAAGACAUACGACAAGGUUUAUAUACAAGGGAAUUUCCUUUCAGGAGAUAAAAUAGACAAGAAUACGAAGCAAGGAAAAUGGUUGACUGUAUAUCCAGCUAAAGGACGACUUGGUAACCAGAUGUUUCAAAUAGCCAGUGUGCUAGGCAUUGCAGAUAAAUUCAACUAUCGUCCUUUUAUCCCACUUACAAAUUUCGACAUUUAUCCGGUUUUUGAGAUGCCAAAUCCUACGAAAAAAACAAUAGAUUUGUCCGAAUCUUUGAAGUACCAGGAAUCGAAUAUAUCUACACAUGAAGAGUGUGAUGUCACGACAUAUUCUGACUUGUCAUUCUUGAAAGGUGAUAUGAACUGGACAUUGGACGGGUACUUACAAAGUUUUAAGUACUUUUGGAAGAUCCAAAACAUAAAUGUUCAAAUACAAAAUAAAGACGAUUUAUUGAUGAAAGUGCUCCAUCGAAUACAGUUUAAAAUUGCCUGGAACGACCUUGCUGCAAUGUCACUAUGUGAUCAUAUGAUAAUAUCUGUUGGAACAUUUGGCUGGUGGGGAGGCUGGCUCGCUGGAGGAUCAGUUAUUUAUUUUAAUGGAUAUCCGAAACCUGGGUCGGAAAUAAGCAAAUAUUUUGUUAAAGACGAUUUCUACCCGCCGUUUUGGAUUGGGAUAACUUGAAUGUGCAAUAAAUUUUGAAGAACUUUUGUAUGCCGGUCUAAAAGUUUACUGACAGUAGUUAGAAGUGCACAAGGCUGGUCUUUAAAAUGGUUCUUCGAAAGUGCAUAAAGACAAAUGGGUCAGAUGUACACUUGGUGAUAAUGAAGUUUUACCCACUUUUUAGAAAUAACUUUUGCCUUAUUUAGAAAUAUGUUUGAGUGACACAGUGUCCAAAAUACUCUAAUAUAAACAAUUAAUGGAAUUAUAUGAGUAAAUAUUUGUAGAUAAAUGUUCAAAUACAAAAUAAAGUUAAUGUGUUGUGGUAUGUUUUCUCACUUUUCCGCGAAAGAAACUGAAAUGGUUGAACAAGAACUGCGGACAGAGGUGCAAAUUUUUAUGUUCUCAAUGAAUUUUUAGUCAUGGGUAUUGCUUCUCAAUAUUUGUACAAAGUUACAAUGUAUGUGGAAAUUGAAUUUGUAAAUAAAACAAGAACGUGUUUGUUAAACACAACUGCCCCCGGCUCAGAUUCUUGUCAGUAACAAUAUUUCAAAAAA